AUGUCUAAGGCAUCUGAGGCCAGCGCAUGGCCUGGAGCUCCUCCUGUCGCUGAGGACGGCUUCGCAUUCGCCGACGGUGUAUUUUUGGCCCAAUCUCUGGCCAGAACCGUCAUCGGCGCGCCACAGCAACGGAACUCAAGGAGCAUUUCACGUCUGGCAACGACAAAGAUCACCCCGCGCACUGGUAAUCUCAAAGUGCCAGUCAAUGUGAGCAAACUUGAGACCAAAUUGAAGAAGGAAUGGACAAAGAACGAUCGCGAGGCGAAGAAGGGUGCGGCAAGCAAACCUGAUGUGAAAGCAACGCCCGUGAAGAUUGAGAAGAAGAAACCGACUGCAGCGGGUGCCAAAAGAAAGGCAAACGACGACGAAGGUAACGCGACAGCCAAAAAGCCAAAGACCGUUGCACCCAAGACUGUGACACCAAAGGCAAAAGCACCAGCGAAGACACCAGCUAAAGCACCCGCUAAAAAUACGGCAACGACAGCGGCAAAGGACCCUGAAACGGGCCCCGCACCAACACCAGCUCGAAAGCCCCAGACUGCGCGGGGCGUCAGAGGCAGUGCAUCUCAAUCCGCUGGCAGAGGCGCAAGCACUGCUGCAACAGAGCCAGUAAAACUACGAGCUAAACAGACUGCACCCCGAGGAAACGGAUCGCGAACGUCACUUGGCCAAGGCCGACAGACACCAAGAGACCCUUCUCCCGCUCCCAGAUUUGCAAAGCCUCAGACUGCUCGACGCGGCGGCUCUUUUGCUGCCCGGGGUCGAAUACCCGCUCCGUCCGACUACGGCGAUGCUCCACCCCCAUACUCGGAAUUUCCAUAUCAAGAUUACUCCUCGGAUGAGGACAACGGCAGCGAUGACGUCGACGAGGUCAGCAUCGCACUCUUGGGUAUCUUGAACGGUGACUACGAAGUAGAAUCGCGCGAUGUGACCAAACAAUAGGAUUUUGACCCUGACGAGUUCCAAUUGACCCUCACAACUUCUGGCAAUCGACUCUGGGGGAGAUUCAAUCUCGGCGUCUACGAAGGCGUACUCCUCAUUGAAGAACGACCCAUGCGCUCAUCGCAUGAUCGCGUGUGGUUCAAAUGGCGGGGUCGUGAAUAUCAGGGACCUGUAAUUUACGGGGAUCCCAACCAAGGUUGGAUGGAGUUUCUUGGCGACGGUCGCAUUGAGGGUUGGUUGAAUCAUCAGUCUCUCGUUCCAGGCUCGUCGACUGCCUGGGCAAGGAACGCGCAGUAGCAUUGAUGCUCGCAUUCUGCAGGAUGAAUGGAACGGGUAUUCAUAUCGUUUGUACGAAGAGGAGAAUCGGGCGCAGUGGCGAUGAGCUUGAUUCGUUCCCGCGGGUGAGAGGGACAGAAAUGGUUACAUGUGACGCCGAUCACUGAAGAUUUUGAGAUGUUGGAGUUGAGACUUUUGCACAGAAUAUUGCGGUUUUUUAAAUAUUG